UUCUGCCCUACUAUCGGAGCUCCCCAGGUCCCGGGGAGGCUCCUGCCAACCUGUGCCCCGGCUCCCUUGGGCCCUGGCCCUCCUUUGCCCCCUCGCCAGUAGAACACGUCGGGGAUGUCUGCAGCGGCACACGCCCGCGGGAUGAGCCAAGGCUUGCAGAGCCCACACCCGGGCCACUGCCUGCUGUCGUGUGACCCUGACGCAAGGACAUUCGCCUAAGCCGCCUGGUAGCGAGGAGAAGCUUACAACUGUGCUAGGCAGACGCUGAAAUCGCACACACAUUUGGAAGGGGGAUGUCACGUCCAAGGGCGCACUAGAGAGAACCUUAGAGGUUUGGUUAGUUGGUGUUAGAAGCUGGUGUGAAUCUAUAGAAUCGCAAGGUUUUAAAGAGAUGGCUUUCUUUAGGGUAACAGUUCUCCAAAUAAUAGGUGCGUGGGCAUUUCCAACAUACUAUUCCCGUUUAUGACUGUCGAUCUUUUGGGAAGAUCGUAGGGGGCGAAUUUACACCCUUAAGGUGAAAUUUGGUAACAUGACAUUUAAAACAGAUGUGUAUCAUAAGUCCCUAAAUCCUCAGUGGAACUCAGAAUGGUUUAAAUUUGAGGUGGAUGAUGAAGAUUUACAAGAUGAACCUCUGCAGAUUACAGUGCUUGACCAUGAUACUUACAGUGCAAAUGAUGCCAUUGGCAAAGUGUAUAUUGAUAUUGAUCCUUUACUGUAUAGUGAGGCUGCUACAGUAAUCUCAGGAUGGUUUCCAAUUUAUGACACCAUACAUGGUAUCCGUGGAGAGAUCAAUGUAGUAGUGAAAGUAGACCUCUUUAAUGAUUUAAACCGUUUUAGGCAAUCAUCUUGUGGAGUAAAAUUCUUCUGCACUACAUCUAUUCCAAAAUGUUAUCGAGCUGUAAUAAUUCACGGAUUUGUAGAAGAAUUGGUGGUGAAUGAAGACCCAGAAUAUCAGUGGAUUGACCGAAUUCGCACACCAAGGGCAUCAAAUGAGGCCAGACAGAGACUUAUUUCAUUGAUGUCAGGUGAACUACAAAGGAAGAUUGGUUUGAAAGUACUUGAAAUGAGAGGAAAUGCCGUUGUUGGGUACUUACAGUGUUUUGAUCUAGAAGGAGAAUCUGGAUUAGUGGUACGAGCCAUAGGAACAGCCUGUACACUGGAUAAAUUAAGUAGCACGGCAGCAUUUCUUCCUGCAUGUAAUUCCCCAUCCAAAGAAAUGAAAGAGAUUCCCUUCAAUGAAGAUCCCAAUCCCAAUACUCACUCAUCAGGACCCUCCACCCCUCUGAAAAAUCAAACUUAUUCCUUUUCACCUUCCAAGUCCUACAGUCGACAGUCCUCUUCUUCAGACACAGAUUUGAGUUUGACACCCAAAACUGGAAUGGGCAGUGGGAGUGCUGGAAAAGAAGGGGGGCCAUUUAAAGCUCUUUUAAGACAGCAGACUCAAUCAGCGCUGGAACAGAGGGGAGGAUCGCCUCAUAGGUUCUGUAGAAAUCGGGAAUUUCCAUUUUUUACCUUGACGGCAUUUCCUCCUGGAUUUCUUGUGCAUGUUGGGGGUGUUGUUAGUGCACGCUCUGUGAAGCUUUUGGAUCGCAUCCAUAAUCCUGCCUUUGUCGGGAUUAUGGGUAACACAAGAUCUUACAAACUGCUAGACUGGAAUAGUUUCAAUUCAGAUGAACCAGAAACUCGAGAUGCUUGGUGGGCAGAAAUCAGACAAGAAAUAAAAUCUCAUGCAAAAGCAUUAGGCUGUCAUGCUGUAGUGGGCUACAGUGAAUCAACUAGUAUUUGUGAGGAGGUCUGUAUUUUAUCAGCAUCUGGCACAGCAGCUGUACUGAACCCUAGAUUUCUUCAGGAUGGCACGGUGGAAGGCUGUUUGGAACAAAGGUUGUCAUGGCAGCCUGGCUUCUUUUCCAUAGGGUCAGAGAAGGGAGAGGUUGAUUUUUUUCCUCAGAGCCAGGAUAGUUCCUCUCUAUUAGGACAAGAAGAAAAUUUACCUGCUGGGUGUGGAUUUUGCCACAUACCUUAUGAUGAACUGAAUAUGCCAUUCCCAGCUCACCUCACUUAUUGUUAUAGCUGCAGAAAACAAAAAGUUCCUGAUGUUCUUUUUACAACAAUAGAUCUUCCCACUGAUGCAACAGUUAUAGGAAAAGGUUGUCUUAUUCAAGCCAGAUUAUGUCGCUUAAAAAAGAAAGCUCAAGCAGAAGCAAAUGCUACCGCUAUCAGCAAUUUGUUGCCAUUUAUGGAAUAUGAAGUACAUACUCAGUUAAUGAAUAAACUAAAACUCAAAGGAAUGAAUGCUUUGUUUGGACUAAGGAUUCAGAUCACAGUGGGUGAAAAUAUGUUGAUGGGCUUAGCAUCUGCAACAGGUGUGUAUUUGACAGCUUUACCAACCCCUGGUGGUAUUCAGAUUGCUGGGAAGACACCAAAUGAUGGCUCAUAUGAACAACAUAUAUCUCAUAUGCAAAAAAAGAUAAAUGAUACGAUAGCUAAAAACAAAGAAUUAUAUGAAAUCAAUCCUCCUGAAAUACCUGAAGAGAUAAUAGGAUCUCCCAUUCCAGAGCCACGACAGCGUUCAAGACUAUUACGGUCUCAGUCUGAAAGUUCUGAUGAAGUUAUAGAACUGGAUCUUUCACAUGGGAAAAAGGAUGCCUUUGUAUUAGAGAUUGAUGACACAGAUGCCAUGGAAGAUGUACAUUCUUUACUUACAGAUGUUCCUCCACCUUCAGGCUUUUAUAGCUGCAAUACAGAAAUUAUGCCUGGCAUCAAUAAUUGGACAUCUGAAAUACAGAUGUUCACUUCAGUAAGAGUAUCCAGAUUAAGCAACAUUAACUUGACAAAUCAGACACUCAAUAAGAAUUUUAAUGAUCUCUGUGAAAACUUGCUCAAGAGCCUGUAUUUUAAACUUCGUUCUAUGAUACCCUGCUGCCUUUGCCAUGUCAAUUUUACAGUAUCUCUUCCUGAAGAUGAAUUAAUUCAGGUCACAGUCACAGCAGUUGCAAUAACAUUUGACAAACAUCAAGCUGUACAAACCACAAAAACUCACGUGGAAAAGUCAUUACAAAGAGCCUCUACUGAUAAUGAAGAGCUUCUACAAUUUCCACUGGAACUUUGCACAGAUUCACUUGGUCCUCAUCCUUUUUCACCAGCUAAAGAACACCUGGAGAGUGCAAGUUCUAACUCAGGUAUACCAGCUGCACAAAGAGCGACAUCAAUUGAUUACAGUUCCUUUGCAGACAGAUGCAACAGCUGGAUAGAGCUCAUUAAACUGAAAGCUCAGACCAUAAGACGUGGAUCAAUUAAGACAACUGUGUCAGUUGAGAAAGCAAGCCCAUUGACUGAAGGACAUUUCCGGCAACGCUCUGCUCCUGCAUGUGCUAAUUCCACAGUUGGUGUAGUUAAGAUGACACCUCUUUCUUUCAUUCCCGGGGCAAAAAUAACAAAAUAUCUUGGUAUAAUUAAUAUGUUUUUUAUACGGGAAACCACUUCUUUACGUGAGGAAGGAGGGGUCAGUGGUUUUCUUCAUGCUUUUAUUGCUGAAGUGUUUGCAAUGGUGAGAGCACAUGUUGCAGCAUUAGGAGGGAAUGCAGUUGUCUCCUAUAUAAUGAAGCAAUGUGUGUUUAUGGAAAAUCCAAACAAAAAUCAGGCACAAUGUCUAAUAAAUGUAAGUGGCGAUGCAGUGAUUUUUGUACGUGAAUCUGAAUUAGAAAUUAUGUCAACUCAGCAGCCCAUUGCCAGCUGCCAGCCUGCAUGUGGUGGAGGAGAAAUUGCUACCUGAAAGAAAGACAACUCUUCCAGAAAUUGAUGCUUGUUGUAAGGUGUCUGCCUACUUCUUCAGAGUUAGUCCUUUUAGGAUUUUAAAAAGUAGAGCUGAACAUGAGACAAUCAAGAAAGGUGUGGUGGAGAAGAAUUCUCUAAUCCCUUAAUUCUGCGUGCAGUCUAGAAAAUGAGUAUUGACUUUAGAAUUUGUGAAGAAAAAUGGCACAGAACUAUUGAAAAAAAGAUGCAACCUGCUUGUGAAUUUAGCUAUUUUAUAAUAAAUUUAGAACUCUAAAUACUAUUUUUAAAUAAAGUAUCUUCAUUUGAAAGAGAUCAUCUAUUAAAAAAAGGAAAAACAACUAAAUUAGAAGAUAAUUAGGAAACUAGGACAGUUACCUUGGUAUGAUUUUUUAAAAAAAUAAAUAGUAAAUUCAUAAAUGUAUUUAGAAUGUGUGAGGAAAAACUUUACUUAGUGAAAACAGAAUGAUAACCAAAACUAUAUGAAUUUGAGUUUCCUUGUUUUAUUUUGUAUAACAAUUUGAUGACUACUACAAAAGGAGCAAGGAAAUUGCUGUUGACAAUUUUUUUUCAUUGUCAAGUCUUAUAAUUUGCAGAUGAUUAUAUUGCUUUUAUUACCAUGUUAAAAAAAAAAAAAAGAUCGUUUUUCAGUACUAACUUAUUUAACUGUUUCCAUACUGCUUUUUUGUCAGUAAGAUAAAGAAAACUGUAAUAUAGUUAAAAACUGGUUGCACCAAGCUAUUUUUAAUUCUAAAAAUGCUAAACUUUGGAAUUUCAGAUAUAAAAUAGUUAGUGAAAUUCAUUUAUUUCAGCAUUAGUCUAAUUUUGUCAAAAUUUAGACAUAAUUUCAGUGAAAUAAGGGAAGUCAAUUUCUAAGAAAAUUCUGGCUUUUUACUUAAUAAUAAAUGGUGCUUUAGAAUAUAAUAUGGGUUCUUCUGAGUUAGUUUGGAUAGCAUUUGACCUGGAAUUUGUAAAUGUAACUUGAAUGUAAAUAUUGCAUUUCAUUUUCACAUAGGAAUAUUUUUUCAUCAAUGCCAAAUACCCACUGUAAGUGAAUUUUUUUUCCAAAAUAACAUUCCUCCUUUGCACAAUAAAAUUUCUGUACAAAACUUUUUUGCUUUGGUUUUUCAAAUGAACAGUGUAAAUGAAUUAACAUUUUUUUCUUUGAAUCAUCAUGUGUCAAGAUUUAUUGUAUUUCUACUUUAAUUUUUCGAAUAAAGAGUUUGUAAAAACAA